AUGGUCGGGGGGCGCAGGGGGCUGUGGUCGAGAGGCGCAGGGGGUUGUGGUCGAGAGGCGCAGAGGACCGUGGUCAAGGGGCGCAGGGGGCUGUGGUCGAGAGGCGCAGAGGGUUGUGGUCGAGAGGCGCAGAGGACCGUGGUCAAGGGGCGCAGGGGGCUGUGGUCGAGAGGCGCAGAGGACCGUGGUCAAGGGGCGCAGUGGACCGUGGUCGAGAGGCGCAGGGGGCCGUGGUCGAGGGGCGCAGGGGGCCGUGAGCUGUGGUUGAGGGGCGAAGGGGACAGCGACCACGGUCCCCUGCGCCCCUGCGCCUGCUACUGUAGCAGAAUGUAA